UCUCUACAGCGGACAGUCGCUAAGUGUCCGACGCGUGUGAGCCAUGAAGAUUUUCAUAUUAUUCUUAAUUGUAACUUCAGUGGAAAGUUACAAAAUUCUCUGUCUGUUUCCUUACCCUGGAAAAAGUCAUUACAUGGUAUUCGAACCAAUUCUGGACGAGCUUAUCAACCGUGGACAUCACCUGACAGUUGUUUCCUUCUUUCCGGCUACGAUUCCACUACCGAACCGUCGUGACGUUAGCUUGCAGCAUUUAGCUCCGCCUAACGUCGAAGUGCUUGAUCUAAAAGAGAUUUAUUUAAAAACCCAAAAGUAUUUCGGCUUAGAGAAUUACUUCGGACAUAUGUCUAUAGUUACUUCUUUAGCUAAAUCGAACCUUCUUAUUUGCGAGAGAAUAAUCAAUUCGGAUGUAUUCGAGGAGUUUCUGGCGGGAAAAGGCGAAUACGAUCUAAUUUUGAUAGAACAUUUUAACAGUGACUGCUUGCUAAGUUUGGUUCAUAUCUAUAAUGUCCCUUCUAUAGGUUUGAUCUCGAGUAGUAUGAUGCCAUGGACCAUGGCAAGGGCUGGAGCGCCAGACAAUCCCGCCUAUAUACCUGGCAUGACUCUUCCGUUCACAGAAAAAAUGACGUUCUUCGAAAGAUUGAUAAAUACGUUUACCUUACAUUUUUAUAAUACGUGGUUUGAGUAUGCGAUUUGGCGCGAAGAACAGAAAAUUAUUGAAAAUAAAUUGAAAAGGAAACUACCUAGGCUGAGUGAUUUGGGUAAAAAUUCCAGUGCUGUAUUGGUAAACACUCAUUUUUCUAUAAAUGGUAUUAGGGAACUUACGCCUUCUUUAAUAGAAAUUGGCGGUAUCCACCUACAUAACAGGACUAUCAGAGAACUCAACGAGCCCCUGCGUACUUUAGUUGAGAAUGCAGAAGAAGGCUUCAUAAUAUUCAGUUUCGGCUCAUUAGUGAAGGGAUCUUCGUUACCGCGAAAGCAAAUGAAAGCCAUAAUCAACGCUUUUGCUCGUUUACCACAAACAAUAUUUUGGAAAUGGGAGGACGAUAUCUCAGACGCGAUAAAAAUACCAAAGAACGUUAAAUUUGAAAAAUGGUUGCCGCAAUACGAUUUGUUGAACCAGCAAAAUUGCUUGGCAUUUAUCACACACGGCGGUCUACUUAGCUUGACGGAGGCAGUCGCGUCAAGCGUGCCGACUCUCAUUAUUCCUAUACUCGGAGAUCAGUUCGGGAACGCGGCCCAUGCUCAGAAAGCUGGCGUCGCCGAGGUUCUAAGUCUUACGGAAAUUGAAGAAGACGUGUUCUAUAAUAAACUCUUAUCAGUUUUGUCUAAGGAGAAACGUCAGAAAGCUAAAUUACUAACAAGUCUUUGGCGGGAUCGUCCUCAACCGGCAAUGGAAACGGCCCUAUUCAACAUAGAACUCGUAGCGCGACAUAAAGGACUGGAUAUGUCGUCUGGUUCGCGGUGGUUGUCGCCUAUCCAGUACUUGCUAUUAGAUAUUAUAGCUUUUAUAGUGUUCGUUUUAUUCAUAUCAACAUUUACUUUUGUUUUUAUUUUAAAAACUUUUAUUUCUGUGGUACAAAUAUAUUACCGUAACAAAGAAAAAUCAAGUUAAAAUUUAGUGUUAUUAAA